UUGAGGGUUUUCAGUUGUGCUCAAGAUCGAUUGAUUCAAGAGUGGACAAGGUUUAAGCAUUUGGUUACUUGUUUCUAGCGGUUGGUUUGAAAUAUUUUAUGAUUUUCGCAUCAUACCACUUUAACAUUUGGGGAUUUUGAGCAAUACAUUGCAAAUUGGGGAUUUAGGUUUUCAGUUCUUCUCAAGAUUCAUCCGUUCAAGAGUUGGAAAGUUUAUUAGAGUUGUCACUAAAGGGAAUUCAUCAUAUCAGUUUAGAAUUUCUGGGAUUUUCGGUUCGAGACUUCCAAAUUUGUGAGUUUAGGGUUUAAGCAAUUGCUCUUGAAGAUCAGAUCAGCCGUUUCUGCACUCAAAUAAUAGGUACUUCGUUUUUCCAUCUUUUAAUUCUGGGUUUUACUGUUCAUCAGCAAAGGGAUUUAAGGAUAGUCCUGCUAAUUGAUUUGAAUGCUUAAUUGGUUACAAUUGAAAUUGGAGAAUCUAAGAGGUUUGGGAAUUUUUGAGAGAUUUUUCUAGCAGCAAACAAGUAGUGUCCCUAUAGUAAUCUCUAGACUGUUUAAGGAUAAACAAGAUGCCACUCAGCAAAAUUCCAAGUGAUAUUUCCAAGUUAAUCAUCUCAAGGUUACCAGUCAAAUCUGUAUUAGUAUGCAAAUGUGUAUGCAAGAGUCGGUUAAAAGUAAUUUCUUGCCUAAUUUCUGAUCCGGAUUUUGUGCAAAUGCAUCUUGAUUUUCAUAGACAAAACUCUACUCGUCUCAUGUUUGGACGUCGUAUUGAUGAAGAAGACAGGAAUGAUACUCAAAUACACUCAAUUGGUUAUGACUCAUUAGCAUCAUUAUUACUGCCUAAAAUUGAAGCUGAGAAUGAUAUUAAUGAUGUUGAAAUGCCUGUAAUUGAAGAUAAUAAUGAUGAUGUUGAAAUGGAUUAUUCAUCCUCAAGUGAUUAUACUAGACAGAUGGAUCAUCCUUUUAAAAAUUCAGGUCUUACUGUGGAUUUGUUUGGUUCUUGUAAUGGUAUUCUCUGCAUAUGGUUUCAUGCCGACAAAUGGAGUGAUGAUCAGGAGCAAUUCUUUUGUCUUUGGAACCCAGCAACCAACGAGUACAAGAGAAUAUCUGAAGCACCCAAAAGAUACAAUUACUGGGGUAAGGACAUCACACUACAUGCUCUUGUUUAUGAUCCCACAGCUGAUGAUUACAAGUUUAUAAUUGCUGUAUCCUCUGAAGAUAAAACAAAUGAAAUCAGAUCUUUAGUUCAUGCCUAUUCGUUAGCAUCAGAUUCAUGGAAAAGCUUUCUAACACCUUAUGAUUUCUAUUAUUUUGCUCAACAAUCUGGGGUACUUUUUAAUGGAGAUCUUCAUUGGCUUUCCUUGGGAACCCAUUAUUCUAUUGUCUCUUUGGAUAUUAAAAACGAGAAAUUCAAAGAAAUCGAACCACCAUUAGGACGUUUACAGCUUUCUCUUGUGUGGGUACUGGAAGAUCGCCUGUGUGUAGUCGUUGAAGAUGAAAAUGAUGAUAUUAACAUAUGGGCAAUGCAAGUUUAUGGAGAUCCAAAAUCAUGGACUAAAAGUUAUACCGUUACCCAUGAGAUAAUAACUAGUAGAAUUCGUUCUUAUGGCACUGUUAUGAAGUUUAUGUGGUCCUUUAAAAACGGUGUUAUACUAUUCACGGAUCCGGUUGAGCUAUAUCUAUAUGAUCACAGCAUGGUAGAGCUAUUAUAUGUAAGCUGAGCUAUCUGUCUGCAGAGAAUUAUUCAGAAAGUUUAGUGUCAUUAAACUCUGGGACCUAUGUUGGAGGAAGAACGGCAAAUAGUUCUUACACGGAGCUUGAGAUUCUUAGGAUCAGGAACUCGGUUCUCGAAGCACGUAAUGCUGAACUACAAACAAAGCUUCACGGGUCUCAAGUAGCUCAGAAAGAAGCAGAGAGUAAGAAAGACGAUUUAGAAGAAACUGCUAUGACUAAGAAAAAUGGUCGAAAGAGGAAGGAGGAACAUCAAUAUAAUACCAGGAGGGCCUCGAAGGUGGUUCCAGCCAUGUUAUCAAGUCCUGGAGAAAGCACAAAUUUCCAUGAUGAGAGUGUUACUAUGCAGCAGAGAGCUGAGAAUUGCCGACUGGUGGUACUCCGGAGCCUUACCAAAUCAAAGGUAUGAAUUGGUUAUUUGAGACAAUCUUUAUGUUUUAUAUCAAUAUUUGUCAUUGUCUCUUCACUCUCUUGCUGUAUUUGGUUCCGGAGGUAAAUGCAUUAGUUAUCGUGUCUGCAAACUUUCUUUGUCGACUAGUCUACUCUUUUCUGUCUUUUGUAAAGAUGUUUAUUCUAAAAAAACCGGCUACUUCCUGUGAUGUGUUUGGGAGGAUAUGCACUUUAGUCAGUUGAUGGUUACAAACUAGUGCUAUGACAAUAGGACUUUCUCUGGUGUAUGGUUCCUGCUUACGGAUGUUUACAUCGAAUGCGGAAGGAUGUUCCGAUUACAGUUCCAAGACACUUAUCAAACAAUGACCGUAAAGACGCUGCGCGACCUUCUAAAAGAAAGAGGUUUGAUGGUAAAAGGAAAGAAGGAUGAGCUUAUUGCACCUCUCAGGGGCAUUUGAAAAGAAGAAGCAGGUGCGUGAUAUAUUUCAUCACUUGUAUCGCAAAAUGUCUGAAAUUGGGUGCAUUCUUUUCCACCGAAUGAAAACAUUAGUCGUGAUGAUUCGACUGGCUUUUGUACGAUCUAAUGGCAGGGAAACAUACUCUCUGCUAAAUUCUACACAAGGAAUGAUUCAAUGCUACUACGCCUCCAAGACGUGCACCACCUCAGUUUCUACUUUGUUUCUUGCACUCCCUAGAUAUGCAUUACAACCUUCGUUUACCAUACCCUAUAUAUAAACAUCGAAUCUACGAUAUUUUAGAAAGUUGGCUUGUAUAAUAUGGGAGCCAUAGAUGAGUGCCUAGCAUUUCUGCUGAAA